GACUAGCAUUACUCAAUUAUACGUUACAAAAAAAGAAAUUAAAAUAACGAACCAAAAAAAAAAAAGGUGAAAAAUCCACAUCCCCUCGUUCCCACCCAAAAAACCCUUUUGCUUCAUCGAAAGCCAUCGUUGAUAAUAUAACCAAAACUCUAUCCCCCUUUCUCUCUCUAAAAAUAAAAAAAAUAAAAAUAAAAAAGAACUCUGUGUGUUUCUCUCUCUCUCUCUCUCGAAGAUAUUAACCAAAAACCCUCUGUUCUUUAGGCUUUGUGGUUUUUAGAAAUGGAUUCUCUGGACGAACUGUUGAACUUCUCGUCGGAUAUUGGGGAAGAAGAUGACGAAGAUGACAAACCCAGAAAAACCCUAUUACCACCUUCUUCUUCUACUACCUCCUCGCUUAAGAAGUUUAAUGGGGUUUUGGGUCAGGAUGAUCCUAGCCGUUCGUUCCAUGGGGCCGAGUUUUCUUGCUGUUUCUCUCAGGAGUGUGCUGAAGAAGAGCUGGAAUGGAUAUCAAACAAAGACUUAUUCCCGGCAUUGGAAUCAUUCGUCGACAUCCUAUCCGACCAUCAGGUCGGCAUUCCAAAGCACCAGAGCCCAGUCUCAGUGCUGGAUAGCAGCACAACCAGCAGCAACAGCAAUAAUAGCAAUAGCAAUAGCCAUAGCCAUAGCACCAAUAGCAAUAGCAAUACCACUCUCAUUAGCUCAUGUGGAAGCCUCAAAGCUCCGCGCCGAGCUCGGAGCAAGCGUCGCUGCAGGCGUCGCCGAGCAACUUUUGCUGAUCUUCUUGGGAGGCAACUAUUGUGGACCUCGACUAACAGCAGCAGGAAUACCAAUGCAAAUGCCAAUGGCAUUGUCAAAGUGGACGCUGCUAUGACAGGGACAACAACCAUCGGGAGGAAGUGCCUGCAUUGUGGGGCUGAGAAGACCCCACAAUGGAGGGCAGGCCCGCUUGGACCAAAAACACUCUGCAAUGCUUGUGGGGUGAGGUACAAGUCCGGUAGGCUUGCGCCGGAGUAUCGACCGGCAAGUAGCCCGACUUUCUCGAACGAUAAGCACUCGAAUUCGCACAGGAAAGUGAUGGAGAUGAGGAGGGUGAAGCAGAUGAUGGGAGUUGGGGUGAAGCCUCUGGGGACUGGAUAAAAAUGGUUAGGUGUAUUGGUGAGCAGUGAAAUUAAGAAUUUUUUUUUUUUUUUUUUUUUUUUUUUGUUUACCCAAAUUUAGCAUAGUUAGGAAUUAGUGGGUUUGUUGUAUGGAAUUUAGAUGGUUAGUGAAGUUCUUUUACUAUGAUGAUAAAAAAGAACAAAAAUCCAUUAGAGUAGUUUUGACAUUAGUUGUGCUUUGGUCAUGGUGUAGAACUGGAAAAACAAGAUAGUGUUUUUUUGGGUUUUGUCCAAUUUCAAUUCUUUGCACAAAUUACAUGAUUUUGGAUAUGAUGGAUUUUAGGAAGAGUGUGGAUUUAUGAAUUCAGCAUUUUUUUU